AUGGCAACGGAGGUGUUCUGUAAAGUGGGGGGUGGGGAGGAGGCUGUACCAAAGAAGGAAACUCUCAGUGUUAUAACUGCAGUCGACCAGCUGUCGAAGUCCUGUCUAAACCCUAAGUUUAUUAACCGGCCUGUGGCUACCAAAGGUCUCCCACUUUCCUCAAGACGCGGCUUGGUCAACUACCCAGAGGAAGGCACCACCGAUGUCAUGAAGCAGGUACCAGUAGAAGAUUCCGAAUACAGCUCCGACGACACGAGCAUGUCCCCCAUAUCAUCCACUCUGUUGAACCCCAUCAAACUGGCUGUGACCCAGCCCAACAGCAGCUUCUUUGCCGGGAUGCUGGAAGGUGAGCUGAACAAACUCAGUUUGUCAUCAGUGGCUAAGAACGCAGAAAAGGAGAAUCUGGCCAUCUGCCCCAUCUUGUCUAAGUCCCAAGUGGCCACCAGGGGCCUGUUGGACCUUGACAACCCUGCGCUGGACACAGACACCUCCUCCACGCACUCUGAGUCUUCUGUGGUCAUGGAUGUGCCGGAGGCUCCCUUCAUCUGCGAACACACUGCUGGUGACUCCACAGCUGUGAUUUCCUGGAUGUACGCUGCGGGCAAGCAGCAGGUCAGUUUCUACCAGGUGCUGCUGCAGGAGGCAAACAAAAGAGGCAACGAGGAGAUGCCCAAGGUCAAGAACCGCCCGUGGAUCUUCAACAAGAUCCUGGGUACCACGGUCAAGCUGAUGGAGCUGAAGCCGAACACGGCUUACUGCGUCACAGUCCGUGCAGCCAACACGGCCGGGGUGGGGAAGUGGUGCAAGCCCUAUAAGUUUGCAACUAUGCCUACUGACUUCAACAGCUUCCCAGAGAACAAUCCCAUCCAGGUCACCGUGCAGCGCAAACAGCCUCAGCGGAGAACUGUGUCCAUGGGGACGGAUGAGAUGCGGAGGCUGGAGGAUCUGGAAUACCUAUAUCCGUAUUAG